CCAGUGCGUCAGCCGAUAUGCGGACCAACGCGCUCGUACCAGGUCGUUUUCUUACCCUUUCCGCUCACGUUGUGCUACUGGUGACCCUCAUCUGGGUACACGACGAAAACAUUCGGGCGUGUCUGCCGCGGGACUUCAGCGAAGCGCAGUACGCUGCCAAGAGCACCGAGAUGAUCAUCGGCCUCUCGCUGGGUCUGGUCUUGGCCGUGUUCGAACUGGUCGGCUUCCUGACCGGAGUCUCGAUGUUCUUCGCGUCUCAGGCCCUCAUUUCGACGACAGCGCACUGUGCGGCCACCGUGGCACUCACCUACUUCGUGGUCGACCUCUGGAGCUGUUCCGCGUACUGGUGGAUAUUCGCGUUCUGUAGCGUGUUGCCGGCGUUCGCGGAACUUUGCGUCAUCGUCGGAGUCGUGUGCCUCAAGAAGGUUCCCUAGCCGAGACGAGUGAACCUUUCAUUCGUGAAUGCAGGGCGACGUGCUUUCUUUACUUUUGUACGUAACUGUAGUUCACGAGUGUGCUGUGUGUCUCC